UGUAACAAUGAAUCCUUCUAUUAUUUAUGGAAACAAUUGACAAUUUUUUUAUACAAUAAAUUAAACGCUUUUAAUUUUCCAGGUAUGAAAUUUCGCGCGCGCAACAUAUAUUAAAUCUCGCGGGCUUUUCUUCUCCCAUCUUCUUCGUCUCUACCAACUCCCGCUUCAAAAUCCGCCAUAACCGCUAUAUCGCCGCCACGCCAAAUCGCGCCAUUGCGGCCGCUACGCUACACCUCGGAGUGAAAUCCCAAUUUUGCCUUUCCAUUUUGCGUUUGCUACUCCUUCCGCAUCCGAAACAUUUCUAGGGUUUCAUACCGUUCUCCCUCAGUAUAAAACCCUCUGCACCCUCUCUGCGUCAGAAACAUUUUUAGGGUUUCAGCCCCUUUUGCAGCUUCACGCGACAAUGGGGGAUGUCAAUGUUUGCCAUGAAUGUUUGCCGAAGUUUCUGAAGAAGAAGAAGAAAAUGGCUGACGCUGAUGAUGUGUGCAGUUCUGAGUUGCGGCAAGAGCGCGAUGACGAAGAAGAAGAAGAAGAAGAAGUGCAAUCGAUACUCAAUUCCGGAAGCAGAAAAAGAGCCGCGUCGUCGAGCGAUGCUGCUGCUACAACUGUGUUUAAGGCCAAGAAAGGUAAAAUUGGUAAGAGCUUAACUGUGUUUAGUGAAGAAAGUGUAAAUGAUGUUUCUAAUGAAGAUGCAAGGGCUAGGGUUACGCAGAUUAUAGCUCGAUUUUUUUAUAUGAAUGGAAUAGCUUUAAAUCUUGCGGAAUCAGAUAGCUUCAAUGAUAUGGUUUGUGCUAUUGGAAACUAUGGUCCCGGCUUAGAGAUUCCUAGCUAUCAUGAGAUGAGAGUUCCACUGUUAAAGAAUGAGCUGAAGGAAACUAAGGAGUGGGUGAAGGGUCACGAGGAAGAUUGGCCGAAAUUCGGAUGUACCAUUAUGGUGGAUGCAUGUACAGAUAAGAAGAAUAGGACCUUGAUGAAUUUGAGGUUGAAUUGUAGAUCUGAGACUGUGUUUGUAAAGAGCGUUGAUGCUUCUGCGUAUAUGGAGACUGGGGAUAAACUAUUUGAAUUGUUGGAUAGUUUUGUAGAGGAGAUUGGGGAAAAGAAUGUUGUUCAAGUGAUAACUGACCACAGCGACAAAUAUGAAUUGGCUGGUAAAUUAUUACAAGCCAAAAGAGCAAAUCUUUAUUGGACUCCAAAUGCUCCGUGUUGUGUGGAUUUGAUGUUACAAGACAUUGGAAGGAUUCCUCGAGUUAAAAGGACAAUACAAAGAGGUAUCACUCUUGUAGGCUUUAUUUACAGCAACUCAUCGUCCUUGAACAUGUUGAUGAAGUUCACAAAGAAAAUAGAAUUGGUUAGGCAAGGAGUCACAAGGUUUGCUACAACAGUUCUUACAUUGCAAAGGCUGUACAAACAAAAAAGCAAUCUCAAAAAGAUGUUCACUUCUGAUGAAUGGUUGAGCUCGAAUAGGUUUAAGGAUGAUAAGGGGAAAAGGGCAACAAACAUUGUACUCAUGCCUAGAUUUUGGAAAGAUGUUGUUUAUUCUCUUAAAGUUAUGGGGCCUGUUGCGCAUGCUCUUAGGGUAGUUUGUAAUGAAAAAAAUCCUGGGAUGGGUCAUAUAUAUCAAGUAAUGAAUAGUGCUAAGGAAGCUAUUCAACAAUCCUUCAAUGGAAAUGAAGACGAGUACAAGGACAUUUUUGCUAUUAUCGACAAAAGGUGGGAAUGCCAGCUUCACCAUCCAUUGCAUGCAGCAGGCUAUUUUCUCAACCCAGAGUUCUUCUAUGGCAAUCCACAAAUUAAAUGUGAUGCAGAAGUGUUGGAAGAACUUUUUGAAUGCAUGGAGAGGCUGAUACCAACUGACAAAGAGUUUGGUAAUUUAGCAAAUGAGUUGGCAUCAUAUAUGAGCGGUGAAGGAAUCUUUGGUUCCAAAGAGGCUAAAAGCAGUCUCGGUUUUGAUCCUAGUUCGUGGUGGGAGAGUUAUGGAUCAUCUACUCCAAAUUUGCAAGCGUUUGCCAUUAAAGUGUUGAACUUGACUUGUCAUGCAUAUGGAUGUGAUGCAUUUGGAUGUGAGCGUAACUGGAAUAUAUUUGAGAAUAUUCAUUUUAAGAAGAGAAGCAAGCUUGAGCAGCAAAAGUUGGAAGACUUGGUCUUCAUUAAGUGUAACCAAGAUCUUAAAGAACGUUUUCACUACUAUGAUAUCCCUGAUCCCCUUCUCUUGAAUGACAUUGAUUAUAGUAAUGAGUGGCUGGUGGGAGAAAUGAGUGAAGAUGGAGAAACUAAUAAAGAGGAGUUGGUUUUUAAUGAUGAUACUUUUACUUGGGGAGCUGUUCCUCACGUGGUUGGGGUAGGUGAGCCUGAAACACUCACUAAGUGGCAAGCAAGAUUGAAGAACAAAGAAACUUCAAGGCCUUCCAGCUCUAGGGCAAGGGAUAUUAUAGCAGAUGCAGAGGAAGAAGUUACAUAUGAUGUAGAAAUCGAAGAGGAAGAUGAAGCAGCGAUCAACAAGUAUAUAUAUGAAGAAAUGUAUAAAGAUGAUGAGAGCUCAGAAGAGCAGGGAGAUAAUGAGUUUUAUUGAGGACUAAGAAGAAUUGUUGCUUAUGUUUAUUGUUCGAAGUGUUGAAUCUUUAUUUUAUGCCUUAGAGGCUUAAGCAUAUUUAGGAUUUGGUGUUCUACUCUUUAUUUUGUUCUCUUGUUGUGGUAAUUGAUUUAAUGUUUUUAGUUGUGUCUUACAUUGAUGGUUGAUGAUUUUACCUUUUGAUUAUUAAUGUUAUAUCUUCAAUUUUAAGUACUUUUAGAGUACUGAGCAUUCAUUUAUGAGUAAUAUAAAUUGUUUGCUGUGUAUCACCUAUCUUUCAUAUAGUGGCUGCUUGGCAAUCAGCUAUACA